AUGGAUACAAAUGGAGGGGAAAUUCGUUUAUUAACAGGAGAAUUUACUCAACUAGGUGCCAAGAAAGAUAUGCACCAAAUAUGUAUCCAAGGCACAAAGGCUUUUUUGACUGAUUUUGGAAUUACUAUCCGCUCAACUGAUGGAAUGGCAAUAUUCUUUGAUUCCGAUAAUGAACUUAUUACUACCGAUAGUGAGUUUAGUUUUUCGUAUGAGGAAAGGGAUAAAUUUUUCAGUGAAGACCAGCCUCAUAUUAAAUAUAUCUACUAUCAUGAUUUAAUUAGUCUCCAAGUGGCGGGUCGUUCCUUUUUAAACCAACCUAACUCAAUUUUCACCGCUAAAAAAAAAUUGGCGAAGGAUUUGGAAAGAGCGUUUACUUUUACUUGCGAAGUAGCUUAUGAAUUAGGUGAAUUAGACCAAAUCCAAGUUUAUGACGAGCGAGUAAACCUAAUCACUCGGCAAAUCUCCACCAGCGAAACCGCUAUUGAACCUGCCGGAUACGAUAACUUAUUAAAUACAAUACAAGGAAUUAGCACUAAACUUUGUGAAGAUUGUCCCGCCGAUUUUCAGACCGAAUUUGCUGAAAGAGCGAAUAAACGUUUUUAUCUUGCCCCCAAAAAACAACUUUCCUUAGCGGAAUUAUUAACCCAAGCCCAAGAGUUAAAAAACACUGAGGAUUAUAAUUUCUCUAAUUUACAAAACUUAUUAGCAAAAAUUUAUGUGGAAACAAGAACCACCCCCCCCAAUGAGGCUCAAAAGGAACUAAUUAUUAAUUUAAACAAAGAAAAAGCCGAACUCUUUUUUAAAUCGCAAUUAGACGAGCAGUUUCCAGUUAAAGAUAGGAGUGAGGAAGAAAUUGUAGCGAACGGAGAGUGGCGAACUUUCUUUGCGGGGUUAAGAAACCUAAAACCGGCAAUUAAUACCGAUAGCGAGGCGGUAGUUAGAUUAAAAAACCUCCAAAAAAAACGCUAUUCACUAGACCAGUUAGACCCCGCUAAUUUAACUUUUCCCGAGAAAACAGUGGCAGAAACUACUCGGUUAGAGAAAAAGUUUGAAAAUUUUCUAUCUCGUAAAAUAAUUCAUGCCUACUUUCAUCGAGCCACUGAUAAAAAUGAAUUAGAGGCUCGCAUGGAGGAAAUUAAGCAAACUAAUGCCCGCGAAAUGGCUUUACAUGGAGACCAAAAUAAGUUUAAGUUCCGCAAUGAGGAAAAUUAUCGCCAAAGUGUUCCCGAAAAUGCGGUUGAAUAUGAGUUAAAUAAGCAAAGUAAUAUUGGUGGAUAUUUUGACCGAGUGAGUAAAAAAAUGGAAAUAAUUUUUCUUACUGAAAUGCUUGCCGAUGCCGAUAGCACCGCCGAAGGAUUAUUAGAUGUGCUUUCGGAAUAUGAUAGUUAUUUUACUGCCAAGGAUAGUGCCAGCAAUGCUCCGCGGAUAAAAGAUAUCCAAACUGCUUUUCAAGAGUUUUACGGCGAGGAGUGGAAAACAAGGUUAACCGCUAAUUAUCACCGUUUAAAAAUGAUAGAGUGGUUAACCCACAUUAUACCACUUUGCGGAGCUGACCGAAAUGAAGUCAACGAAUUUGAUAAUGACACCAAGGAGAGAUUUAAAAAGAGUUUUGAAGAAAUUAAUGGGGAAGCCAAUUUUCGCUGA